CCACCCCGUGGCCUUCGCACUGAGUCCAUCCCAGAGUCCAUGAUGGAGUCUGCCGAGCAGCUGAUGGUAGAGGAUCUUUACAACCGUGUCCGAGACAUGAUUGAUGACCGCAGCCCCUACAACACCCCCUGUGUGCUGGACAUUCAGAGAGCCAUGAUCCAGGACCGGCUGGAGGCUCCCAUCAACCCUGUUGAUGAAGUUUGGCCCAAUGUCUUCAUCGCUGAGAAAUCCGUUGCGGUCAACAAGGCUCGUCUAAAGAGAAUGGGCAUCACACACAUCCUGAACACCGCUCAUGGCACAGGUGUCUACACCAAUGAGUCUUUCUAUGCCGGCAUGAAGAUUCAGUACCUGGGAAUCGAGGUGGAUGACUUUGCCGAUGUCGACAUCUCGCAACACUUUCGACCAACUGCUGAAUUCCUAGAUGAGGCACUGCUCACACACAAAGGUAAGGUUCUUGUGGUUUCCAUGAUGGGCAUCAGCCGCUCUGCUAUCCUGGUUGCGUCCUAUCUGAUGAUCUUCCAGAACAUGACAAUCAUGGAGGCUCUAACUUCCAUAAGGAAGAAACGCGCCAUCAACCCCAACGAAGGUUUCCUGAAGCAACUGCGAGAACUCAACGAGAACCUGAUGGAGGAGCGAGACGAUGACGAUGAAACGCUCAGCCAGUGCUCUGUGAUUGAUGCCCAUACCCGUGCCCAGAUCUUCAAUGAAGAAGAGACAGACAAAGAAGAAGAGCAGAGCAUGGUUAAAGUAAAAGCUCACUUCAUAAUGAUGGAGGAGGAGGAGGAUGGACAAAGUGUGAUGAGUAGUGUUGCUUCUUCUGCAGCUGCUGCAGCGCUCAGGAGUGGACUGAUUGGGGUCCAGAACAAGAUGGAUGGCCAAGAAUCAUGCCAAAAAGAACUGAUUCUGCCAGACCAGAAUGGUAAGAAGGAUGGGGAUGGUGAUGAUGAUGACGACGAUGAUGAUGAUGGUCUAGAUAAUAUGAUUCACGAAUGGCAGCGCAGAAAUGAAAAAUACCAGAGCAAUGACUGGUGGGAGGCACAGCUCAAUAGUGAGACGGAGGAUGUGGAAUCCCUCACAGAUGCUCAUCUGAAGAAGACCAAACAGGGAGAGGAUAUUGAUGAGGAGAGUGUCACUAGUGAAGACAUACAAGCUGUAAAAGAGCGGUUAAAACGCCCCAAGAUGAAAGCAUCUUCUGAUUCGAUGUCCACCACCAGCUGCAUGAGUUAUUCAGAUCUUUGGAAACAGAGGCUGAAAGAGAUUGAGGAACAAGCUGCAGCUCGCUACCACAAGAAAAAGGACGACGAGGACAGCGAGAACACCACAAUAGAAGGAGGGCAGAAGAUUGACGAUGAAGUUGAUAGUAUUCUCUCUGAAACAAGCUCUAUGUACAAUUUCUGUCAGAAGAAUAAGGAGAAGAUGACACCUUUGGAGCGUUGGCGCAUUAAGAGAAUCCAGUUUGGCUGGAACAAGAAAGAUCGAGAGGAUGGAGAAAGAAGUUCAGUUGGUGAUGGAGAGGAAGAACCCAAAGCUCCAUCCCUGCAGGAUGUCAACCUGACUGCAUACCAGGCAUGGAAGUUAAGGCAGCAGAAGCGUCUCGGUGAAGAGAACACGGAUGAGAUUCUCGAGAUGAGCCGAGGAGAAGACUCUGCAACCAUCAAAAGAAGGCAAAGGCGUGAGGAGAUUUUGGAGCGCUCCAAGAAAACUUUAGAGGAAAGUCAAUCUCUAUGUGGGUGGGAGGCAGAGAGCUGUGUUAGCGGAGGCACAAUACCUCUGACUGCUUUUUGGGCUGGAGCUGGCGUUACAGGACCACCAAGUGUUGCCAAUGAUGACAACAUGUCCAUGCUCAGUGGGAGAUCAUCCGUCAUCUCCUCAGUUUCACAGCCUCGAAGUACAAGAACCUCUCAGUCUAUUGUGCCACCAGUACCUCCGAUCCUCCCGGUUCCAACAGUGCAAGGACCUGGAGGUGAACCAAUGGUCAAUCUUGCUAGCAUUCAGAACUGGAUUGCCAAUGUUGUCUCAGAAACAAUCAAACAGAAGCAAAGUGAAAUGAGCCUGCCCCCUCCGUCCAGGGCUGGGUCUGAAUUCAGCUUUAAUGGAGGACCAAGUAUGCUUGCAGGUCAUGGUGCAGAAGAUGAUAAAGCAUCCUUGCUAAGCGGAGCUUCAUACUCCAGCGCUCUGUCCAAAGAUCGAGGCCGAGCAGCAUCUGUCCUUUCAGGCAGGGGGUCAAGCACUAUCUCGGGUCUCAGCGGUCGAGGGUCGGCUCUGGGAUCUGACUUUGGAUCCAGUCUUGGCCCCAAGAAAAACAAAAUCACCACCACAAGUGUCCCUCUCUUCAGUCUCUUCCAAGACCAGGUCAACCUUGGAAAACUGAAUGCCAUGGACAAGGAAAUCAAAUCUGAAAUGAGGGGCAAGAUGGCCACCUAUGAAAAGAAGAAGAUCCUGGAAGACAACAAACGCAGUACCCUGUACAAGAAAAAGAAACCAAAAGAGGAUGAAGAUGAGGAGGAGGAAAGGAAAAAGAAAGAGGAGGAGUUUCUUGAAGAAUCAAAGAAAAAGGAGAAACCAAAGAGGAGUUUUGGCUUAUCAGGAUGCCUUAAUCUCAACCCAGCUCUGGAGAAAGGCAAGGACACUAAUGUUGACGACUGGCUAAAAAGUGUCAGACCUCCAAAUAAACUGUCCCCAGGUGCAGACGAUGAUCCGUCUCAGGAUCUAUAUGACGAUCUUGACGCCUCGGCUUCCGAAUUUGAUUUCUCAAGCUGCAGAAGCACCUACGAUGUUGAAGAUGAAGAUGAGGAAAUGUAUGGCGUUGCAUCCACAUAUCGGUCAAGAUUACGUGAAGAACCAUCAAAUAAAGACACAGAAUAUUUCUGCAAUGGAUUCACACAAUCCCACAACUUCAGCCGAGCCGAAAGAUCUUACAAAGCAUACAAUGGUAGCGACGAUGAUGGUUUCUCCACCAAAAGAAACGUCACUCAUCAGUCUCGAUACGAAAACAGUGAGAGUGAAGGGAGCAGGAGAAGGAGAGAGGAGGUCAGCGACGAGGAGGAAGAUGAUAUCACAGCCUUCCUUGCUCAAACCAGGCAGAGGAUCAGGGCUCGAGCUAUGGCUGAGGCUGAAGAUGAUGAGGUGCUCACUGCGUGGAGGGCUCAGCAAGAAGCAAAAUCUCAGCGUAGAAAUGAUUUUCAGUAACUGUUUUCCGCAUUAAAUACAAUUCUUUAGGAUCCCUUCAUACAUGAUAGUGGCCCUGCUACAACACUGAAUGUCAGCCAGGAUGGGAAUGGUCUUUGUAGGGUCUUCAGGGAUGAUUUAAGAACAAAUUAGGCAUGAUAGAAUGGCACAAUGGUUGCAUAAAACUUCCAUAGCAAGGUUGUGGUUGUUUAGCAUUGUGGUGGCAUCAUAGAGGUGUGCACCAACAUGGCUAAGUCAUCAAUAAUUUAUAGCAUGACUGGCCAUACUAACCUCUUGCCUAGGCUCCAAUCAUGACCAUGACAAGGUGAUGGAGACAACCUAGUGCAGACGAUAGCUAUGAAGGAAACACAAAGUUUUCCAGUGCAUAUCUACAUCCUAAUGCAGUUCAUGAGUAUAUGCUAGUGUAAGUACAAAGAGCUUGAGUCCGCCCACGUUUUAAAAGGUUGAGUUUGGCCUGGAGAGCGUAAUAGGGUCUUGAUCCUGCGUGAAGGCGGUUUUAGUGCUUAUGAGAUUAAAAACCAGUCAGUACUAAUAUGGUAUAUUUUGCUCAAUUACCUUUUCCUGCAGUUUUUGCACCUUUUUAUCCACAAUCAAACAACAUUUGUGUUGAUUAAUAACAAAUUGUAAUGGCAAUCUUUGCAAAGUCAUGAAAAAUGUCAAUCAAAUAAACUUCAUUCGCACAAUUUUUUUUUUUUCUGU